GACACUUCUUCUUCUUCUUGUUCUUCUUCUUCCUUCUUCUUUCUUCUUCUUCGCUGUUGCCUGAACACUUCACAUCGACUGAAAGCGGGCUAUUGGUUUCUGCUCCGGCGGAUCUGUCUCCUGCUCUGCUCUGGGUUGGACUCACUCAUGGAGCUGUCGGAUAUUUCCUUCUCCAUUCCCUCUGCUGAUGACUUCUAUGAUGACCCCUGCUUUAACACCACUGACAUGCAUUUCUUCGAGGACCUGGAUCCGCGGUUGGUGCAUGUGGUCCCGCUGAAACCCGAGGACUCCUGCUCCCCCUCCUCCUCCUCGUCUUCAUCAUCGCCCUCACCGUGCUCCCACCUGCAUCACCAGCUCCAGCACCCGGAGGCUGAGGACGACGAGCACGUCCGCGUCCCCAGCGGGCACCACCAGGCGGGCCGCUGCCUUUUGUGGGCCUGCAAGGCUUGCAAGCGGAAGACCACCAACGCGGACAGACGGAAGGCGGCGACGCUGCGUGAACGCCGGCGGCUCAGCAAAGUGAACGACGCCUUCGAGACGUUGAAGCGCUGCACGACGGCCAACCCCAACCAGAGGCUUCCCAAGGUGGAGAUUCUGAGGAACGCCAUCAGCUACAUCGAAUCUCUGCAGGCGCUCCUGCGCGGCGGCCAGGAGGAAGGCUUCUACCCGGUGUUGGAGCAUUACAGCGGGGACUCAGACGCGUCCAGUCCCCGUUCCAACUGCUCCGAUGGGAUGAUGGAUUUUAACGGACCGAGCAGAACAAGAAGCUUUGACAGCAGCUCUUUCUUCUCUGAGACGCUAAACGCUGGUCCGAAGAGGGGUCGCAGCUCAGUGGUCUCCAGUCUGGACUGCCUGUCCAGCAUUGUGGAGCGUAUCUCCACGGACGGCAGCAGCCUGCAGCCCGGACCUGAAGCCUACGGCUCCCCGACCUCCGCAGCUCCGCUCAGCGAGGCAGGAAAGGCCCGAGAGCCCACCCAGAUCCCCUCCUCCCUCGACAACCAGGAUCCAAACCUCACCUACCAAGUCCUAUAGAGCCUCCUGCUCAGCCCCGCUGGAAUGCAGCACGCUACCUUAUUGUAGAGUUAUUACUGGAAAACACGUACUGUAACAAAAUGGCCUCAUUAUUCUGCUUUUAAAGAGUCUCCGGCAGCUGUUAGCAGUGUGACACGCAUCCCUCUACAUCAUGUCAACGCUCUUUCCUGCCGGGAAGAAAAAACUAAUUUAACUCAACUAAACCUGUCAAAGUUUUUAUCAAAGGACAGUGGACAUUUUGUUAAAUAGAUUUGAAAUUGUAUUUAAUGUGAUUUCAUAUUUCACUAGUCUUAAUUGAAACUUUAUUCAAUCUGGAGAGACUCAGACAGAGAAAGAAAGCGAUUAAAAAGUUCUAUGACAAAUAAACAUUAAAGUGCUUUGGCGUUCAGGCCCCGGCCGAGGACGUCGAGCUGGACUUCGAUAAGCUUGAUAAACAUUACUGAUGCUGCAUAGGAAUGUAAUCCCCCCGGGGCCUAUACUGGUGGCGGAGGUCGAAGAAGGAUGUGACCUGAAGAGCCGGGAGCUAAAGGUGGAGAUGGGACUGAGAUGGGUUGAUCGCAGCUGGUAAGCGGAGGAGGCCAUGGAUGAAGGUCCUUAUCAACUGGAGCUUGAUCGAUGAUUGGCCAUGAUGAAGGCUUAGUCCAGCGCCGAUAGGUCCAGGGUGAUGAAAGGGAGGCGCUGAUUAAUGAGGCAGGUGAGGCUAAAGAGUCUUCCAGAUUGAAUUUGCGCCCAAGCUUCAUAACAUGAACUUCAUGAACCUCAAAAAUUUUUUCCAAGUAAAAAAAAUCUAAAAAUUAAGUGAAUAGACCAAACCGAUUAUUAUUAUUAUUAUUAUUAUUAUUAUUAUUAUUAUUAUUAUUAUUAUUAUUAUUAUUAUUAUUAUUAUAUGUACAUGUUUUGUCCCUGUUGAAGAGAUAACUAAGUAGAAACUUGUCACUACUUUGGUUCCAGGAGGUUGGUCGUAUAAAUGCUAAACUGAUAAGAAUAAUUUAUUUUCUCACCAUAGAUGAUUAUUCCACUUUUUGGGUUAAGUGAGUGGAUUCAAUAUUAUUAUCCUAAUAGCUUUUUUUUUCUAUUUAAGUUAUAUGAAAAAAGAAUUAGUUUGUUCAUUUGAUGAAAUGAGUCUGAAAACCAUCCAGUAACAUUCCUCUACUCUCAUCCUUCCUUCUGAAGUCCUGAAGGCUCCAGUAGAUCUGAAAAUACAAACAAAACAAAACAAAACAAACAAACAAAAAAAAACUUCUUCAGAGAAAACCUACUGA